AUGACCAUAGAGUGGAGCCAGGACGAACGGAGGGUGUUUUCGUUAUGCAGCUUCGUCUCGAGCCUCCUGUCCCUCGUCGGCAGCAUCUUCAUCUUCAUCUCCUUUCUGGCCUUCUUCAAAUCGCGUUGGAAACAAAUCACCCACCGCCUGGUCCUCUCCCUCUCGCUCUGCCACCUCCUCCUUUCCGUCUGCUGGCUCAUCGGGGGACCCCUGGACGAGGUCUCCGCCGUCACAUGCCAGGUCCUCGCCCCGCUCCGCUACUAUCUCUUCCUCGCCUCCUUCCUCUGGACCUCCGUCAUCGCCACCGAGAUGCUGUCAAUGUGGUACCGGGCGCGGGUGAACCAGUUCGGCGAGCUGGUCAUUCCCCAGCCCUCCUCCGUGCGCCAAGAGUUGUGCUACCACAUCGCCGCCUGGGGCAUCCCUCUCGCCAUCACGAUCUGGCCCACCAUCUUCCACCACCAGGAGCACGGCCUGUGGCAGUGUUGGUUUGAGGACGACUACUGGACGUUCCUGUUCCUCGGGUUCGUUGCGCUGUCGUGCCUGUACUGCCUGGGCGUCUACUGCCUCGCGCUGUUCAAAUACCGAACCCGAUUAUACGAAGCGGGUACGUAUUCGGACAUCCAGAGGUCCAAGCGAACCGAAAUCAAGUUUCGCGUCACCGGAUACCUGCUUGCUUUCCUCAUCACAUGGAUUCCUCUGGCGGUGCUGCAGAUCAUGGAGACGGUGGACAGCACGCGCUCGGCGCCGAUGUUCGUGUUCACCGUGAUCUCGGCCUCGCUAGUGCCGCUCACCGGCUUCCUCGAUUCGAUCAUCUACGGCUGGGACCGCACAUUGUGGGAGUCCCUCGUCGCCUGUCUCACCUGCAGCCGCCGCCGACGAAACCGAUCGCGCAGCCGCGCACUCCUCGGCGCUGGCGGCGGCCGCAACGGCAGGAGCACCUCGGUCAACGGCGUGGCCGCCGCCGGUGGUGACAACCACCACCAGUACGGGGCAGCCCGGGAGGAGUCAACCCUUGCCUUCUCCGACAGCGACUGA